AUUACCACUAUGUCUGUUUUUUUGCCGCAACGGCGCAGAAAAAUCGAAAGAAGGAAAGUAAGGGGUGAUGAAAAAACGAAAGUAAACUCAUAUGUACAGGGGCUGUUUAUAUGAGCCCGGUUGGCCGUCUGGCCCGUUUACCAAGAUCUCACGUGAUGGUGGACACAAGCAUAGAAGCGAUAAUAGGGUUAAAAUAAACGUUAUGUAUCAGCAGAUUCUGUAAGAUAAUUAUUUUCAUGGUAGAUUAUGAAAAAGGGGUCAAUAUCAAAUUUGAACUCCCUGUUCAAAUUUUAGGACGUAUUAUUACACAAGAGCCGCAAUCUUGAAUUUUCUGAAUCACUGCAUUGACGAAAAAAAUGCACUUAUUAAUAUCAGGUAAAUAAACUGGUGCAUAUUUUAUAUGCAGAAUAUUUUUACUUGUAGAAAGAGUUCAAAUAUAAAUAUGGAAGAAGUAACAGACUUCUAUAAAACUUAUAUUAAAGAAAAUUAUCCAACUAUAGAACAUUUUAAAGAAAUAAAUGUGGGUAUUAUUACACAAGAUAUGAUGGAAUAUAUAACCAAAUAUGCACUCAUAAAUAGAAAGUCAAUUCAGACUUCAAAUUGGCAGGAGAUUAUGACAGAAAAAGAGCAUCAGGUAUUUCUAAAAUACAACCAACAGAAGAUUCAACAAAAGAUUGAGGAUCUUCAUAUACCCACCCUUUAUGGGUACUAUAUUGAAGAGCCUCUUCAUGAAUUUACCCUCCUCAAAGAACUUAAAGAGACUUUAAGUCGCGACCUUUCCUACCUUUGUACUGAAAGUCUUAGUUUACUUCUUGAUCCUAAAGGUGUACUGUAUGGAAGAAUAAAACCACAUGGAUUUACACUCCUUCACAAAGUUAUACAAGGGCAUGAAAAAAGGUUUCAUCAUAAAGUAAGCAUUGGUUGUAGCUGCUCACUUGUAAAAUUCUUAAUUGAUAAUGGGGCUGAUAUUAACGCAAAAGAUUACAGUGGUAUAACUCCUUUUGAUGCAGCAGCAGAAAACUUGUUGUUAUCUUCUUUAGAAGUCAUGCUCAAGACUGGAAAGAUAAACCAUGAACAAAUCAAUUCAGCUUUGUUUUCUAUUACAAGUAAAGUAUCCGAUAUUAGUGCUGAAAAGUUUGAAAAAUGUUUAAAGUUGUUACAUGCGUAUGGUGGCAAGUUAGAUAGUCUCGAUCUGUAUGAUAACUCGCUCUUGAAUCACUAUCUUUUUUUAAACAAGUGUGAAAAACGUGCCAUACGUAUAACAAAAAUACUGGUUCAAAACUCUCCAAACUGGUUUCGAAAGAACAAAUUUGGUCUUUCACCCUUGCAUAGUUGUUGUGCUGUAUUUCUGCAUAGUGAUAUCUCUGAUAUCUUAAACUACCUUUGUAGUCUUAAGUCUAUAAAUGUAGACGAACGAGACAAUUAUUCAAGAUCUCCUUUGAUUUAUGCAGUGAUGCGAGGAUUCAAGAAAUGUUGUAAUACACUUUUAUCGCACGGGGCAGACAUAAACUAA